AUGAAGGACAAUGAGGUAAACUAUCUUUUUAAUGCUUUUAAGAAUCAUGCUGCCGAUGACUCUGUGAAUACACACUCUGAUGAACCAUGCCAAAGUUUGAAUGCGAAAUAUGACAUCGCUAUUGCUGAAUUGGAUCUGGAAGUUACAAUUGUUAUAGCUUUGCUGCAUAAAGAACAGGAGAAAGUAGUUUCUCAUUCUGUUCAUAUUGGUGAGAUUGAGAAACAAAUUCAAAAUCUCAUAGCAGAGAACAAUAAACAGACUGCUCAAACUAUACAUGAAAAAGUAUCCAUUAACAUGCAGAUAAAAACAAUGAUAAACAAUGUGGAUAAAAGCAAUCAAAAUGAGGGUGUGACUUUAAACUCACAAAAAUCCUGUGUGGAAUCAAAUAUGUCUGUUGUUGAUCUUAGUCAUUUGGUAAACAGGGAAAAUUUGAAUAAUUAUUUUAAUAUAUCAAACACAGAGGGGAAUACUUUAUUAAAUAACCUUAGCUAUGAAGACAACGAAUGCAUUGCCAUUAAUAAUAGUACAACCAUAGACAUAACACAAGCACAAUAA